CUCAAUGAUUUUGUGGUCUGCAGUGUGUUUGCAGCGCCCCCAGGUGGCCUCCUUUAAGCAGUGUGGCUCUCAUGUUACUCACAUCCUGUCUUCACAGUACCGCUCCAGGCUGUUGUAAACUACAUCCUCGGUGGCAUCCUGACCAUCACAGUACUGGCCAUCAUCCUGCUGGUGUUGCUUUGGAUUAAGAAAUAUCGAACCUUGCUCCGUACCAUUCAGGACCUGCGUGGGUUUGGGGCGAUGCUUAAAGUUUCCCCUCCUGAGUCGCCGAUCAUGGCUGUGCCCAGCGUCCAGCAAGUAGAGGAGCCUGCCUCAGAAUCUCCUUUGAAGAGACAGAGAACUAAGACUUCAUCUAGGUUGUUAUGGAAACCACCUCAGCAGGGCCCCCGCUUCACAAAAGCUGACCUUAACCUGCAGCAGCUGAUCAAGGCUGGGAAGGAGGGGGUCUAUUACAAAGCAAAAAUGAGCCGGGGAACCUGCAAGGGCCACUCCAUAUUCACCUGCAAGAUCACCAAAGAGGGUGUCACUUCCAAGCGGGUGCAGAUGGAAGUGUCCAUCAUGAAGAAGUUAGUGCAUCACAGGAAUGUGCUGCAGCUACUGGACUGGAACAUCACCGAGGAGCCCUAUGUGCUGCUCAUGGAGUUUGUGAAUUAUGGGACCCUUCGCAAUUUUCUUCAGUUGAAUCAAGAAACCCUUAGCACCAACGAGGACUUACAGCACCUCUUCACGAUUGCAUCCUAUCACAUUGCCCUGGCCUUGGAACACUUGCACUCUAAAAUGGUGGUUCACUGUGACCUGGCCCUGAGGAACGUCCUGGUGCACCAUUUCCCCAUGGAGGUGAAGCUAGGCGAGUUUGGGCUGGCCAGAGACCUGACUCGCAUGAGAAGCCGUCGGAGCAGCCACAAGAAGACCGCCAGGGAGAGAGUUCCCCUGCGCUGGUACCCACCGGAGUAUUUCAGGAACAGCUACUACAACUUCAAGGGGGAUGUUUGGGCCUUCGGCAUCUUACUGUGGGAGAUGCACACUUUUGGCACCUUGCCAUAUCCCAGUCUGGAGACAUCAGAGGAGGUGGUGUGUUAUGUUUGUGCUGGGCAGAGGAAUGCGGAUCCAGAGGGCUGCAGGCCAGAGAUACUGCAGAUGAUGAAGGACUGCUGGCUAGAGCUGCACUCCCACAGACCUUCGUUCACAGAUAUCGUGAGGAUCUUGGACAACAUCCUGGAGAAUGACUCUGACUAUGUGGAUGUGGAUGGUGAAAAGCUGCUGGGCCCAGGAGAACCAUGACAGCACAAGCGGUAGUGAUGGGGACAGUUCCACAUAUAUCAAGUCUGAUUCAAGACCACGAACUUGAAGGACACAGUCUGAGUCAAGACAGAGACUUGGGGGUGGGGGGGAUCAGUAUACAGCCAAUGCAGCAAAGGUAAAUACAGUGGUACCUCAGAACUCGAACUUAAUCCGUUCAGAACUCCGGAUCGAAUCCUAAAAAGUUCAAGUUCUGAUCGAAUUUUCCCCAUACGAAAUAAUGGAAAACCAAGUA